AUGCAGGCACCGGUCCUGGUAAUGAACACCAACAGUGGUGAGAGGCAGACUGGCCGCAAGGCUCAGAUGUCCAACAUCGCCGCCGCCAAAACUGUCGCUGAUAUCAUCCGAUCCUGCCUCGGCCCCAAGGCCAUGCUCAAGAUGCUCCUCGACCCCAUGGGCGGUAUCGUCCUCACCAACGACGGCCAUGCUAUUCUCCGCGAGAUCGAGGUGUCGCACCCCGCAGCCAAGAGCAUGAUCGAGCUCAGCCGGACACAAGACGAAGAAGUUGGUGACGGCACCACAACAGUUAUCAUUCUCGCCGGCGAGAUCCUCGCGCAAUCCCUCCCCCAGCUCGAGCGCAACAUCCACCCCGUCGUCAUCAUUUCGGCCUUCAAGCGCGCCCUCAAGGACGCCCUCGAGAUCAUCGAAGACAUCUCCCUCCCGAUCGACAUCAAUGAUGACCAGGCCAUGAACAAGCUCAUCUCGUCCUCGAUCGGCACCAAGUACGUUUCCAGGUGGUCGGAACUCAUGUGCGGACUGGCGCUCAAGGCCGUGCGCACCGUGACGUGGGAGAUGGGCAAUGGCAAGAAGGAGGUCGACAUCAAGAGGUACGCGCGCGUGGAGAAGGUACCCGGCGGCGAGAUCGAGGACAGCAGAGUAUUGGACGGCGUCAUGCUCAACAAGGACAUCACACACCCCAAGAUGCGCCGCAGGAUCGAGAACCCGCGCAUCAUCCUGCUCGACUGCCCGCUCGAGUACAAGAAGGGCGAGUCGCAGACCAACAUUGAAAUCACAAAGGAGGAGGACUGGAACCGCAUCCUGCAGAUUGAGGAGGAGCAGGUCAAGCAGAUGUGCGAGGCUAUCCUCGCCUUCAACCCCGACCUUGUCAUCACAGAGAAGGGUGUCUCUGAUCUCGCACAACACUACCUCAUGAAGGCCAACGUCACCGCGCUCAGACGUGUGCGCAAGACCGACAACAACAGAAUCGCCAGGGCGACGGGCGCCACCAUUGUCAACCGAGUAGAGGAUCUCCAGGAGUCCGACGUCGGCACUCACUGCGGCCUGUUCGAGAUCGAGAAGAUUGGCGACGAGUACUUCACCUUCCUCACAAAGUGCAAGGACCCCAAGGCCUGCACCGUCCUUCUCCGCGGCCCUUCCAAGGACGUCCUCAACGAGAUCGAGCGCAACCUGCAAGAUGCCAUGGGCGUGGCGCGUAACGUCAUGUUUCACCCCAGGCUAUCGCCCGGUGGUGGUGCGACCGAAAUGGCCGUUUCUGUCAGGUUAACACAGCUCGCGAAGAGCAUCGAGGGUGUCCAACAAUGGCCGUACAAGGCUGUCGCCGAGGCCCUCGAGGUCAUCCCCCGCACACUCAUCCAGAACGCCGGCAAGAGCCCCGUCCGCGUGCUCACCGAUCUCCGCGCGAAGCAUGCCGAGGGCAAGAACUCGUGGGGUAUCAACGGCGAUACCGGUGCGAUUGUGGACAUGAAGGACUACGGUGUCUGGGAGCCCGAGGCCAUCAAGGUGCAGAGCAUGAAGACUGCUAUCGAGGCUGCCUGCCUCCUAUUGAGAGUCGACGAUAUCUGCAGUGCCAGAAAGGCACAGCCAGGUGUCGGCGUCAGCUCCGGUGGCGGUGAUGAGUAA